AUGUCGUCCGCCCAAAACUAUGUCUCUGAGAGGGCGCUGCUGGGAGUGGCAUAUGCCAUGAUUGGGGUCACCAGCAUUGUCUUUUUAGCGAGGGCGCUCGUGAGAGUGCGACAACCGAAAAGAUUCCAGGCAGAGGAUGUCUUCCUUGUGCUUGCCUACCUCUUCUUCCUCUCCCUCACCAUUAUGUACAUCGUCGUAACGCCCGUCAUGUUUCGCGUCACCGAUGCAUCAUCCGGCAAGAUACCAGUAUAUCCGGAGAUCCUGUCCGACUCUCUCUUUAUGAUCAAGAUCUUCUUCGCCAACACCAUGAUCUUCUGGUUUACGCUAUACUCGGUCAAAUUCGCCUUUCUGUGCCUCUAUCGCCGACUGAUGAUUGGCAUUCCAAUGUAUAUGCGACUCUGGUGGGCGGCUGCAGGGUUUUGUAUCGUGACCUUGAUUGGCUGUGUCAUUACAGAUUUCACCAGCUGUCACAGCAUGCACGCAUGGUUCACGCCAGGGCUGUGCUCUGAGGACAGAGAUGUACAGGCUCAGAUCGCCUCACUAUAUUUCGCCUAUGCGGUAGACGUCUUGUCGGACCUCUUCAUCAUGUUCCUCCCCCUACGUCUGAUCUGGAAAUUGCAACGGCCGAAAUCGCAAAAGGUCGGAAUCGGCGCUCUGUUUUGCGUGGGCUUGAUUUGCAUCAUCUUCGCCACCAUCCGAGUUGUUCAAAUUGGAGUCAAGACAGAGGGUCAUAGCACCCCGUCCUCGUCGUGGCUUGCCUUGUGGGCCAUCGUUGAGUCGGCGGUUACCAUCAUUGUGGGCUGCUGUCCGGGCCUGUACUCCAAGGCCAAAGAAGCACAAACAUCGCGCAAGAAUGGGUCCAAGAAGAGUGGCAUGCCCCCGGGGUACAACUACGGAAGCCACAUCUACGGCAAGCCGGGCACUGGCCCUGGCGGCACUGGCAUGGGAACCCACCACCGCGCCAGCCGCGCGACCAACGGGGACAUCGAGAUGGGACACCUCCCCACCAAGGUCUCUGGAGGUGGUGGCGGCCAGACGCGGCGGUGGAAGGACAAAAUGAGCAGCGUCACUGACACGUUCUGGGCCAACGACAGCUCCAGCCAGGAGGAGCUCAACACCAACAAACAAAUCUACGUCAGCACGAGCGUCGAGAUCAAGGACGAGGAGGAAGGUGACCACACGGGAAGUCGUCGUGAAGCCGAGUACCACUAUCCCAAGAGCCCAGUGUGA